CCUCGUCCCGUCCCGUCCCGCAGGGUCCUCACUCUGCGGGGAUGGGGCCGCGCUGGGCGCUCCUGGCAGCGCUGCUCCGCGCCGCGGCCACCCGGGAAUACUCAUUGCCUUACACACCACAUUCAGCACAAUGCAAAGAUCCCAUCACUGAAUUCUAUGAAGAAAGACUUAAUAAAUGCUGCAGCCAGUGCCCUCCAGGUGAAUACAAGGCAGAGAGCUGCAGUGCCAGUGCAGACACCAAGUGCAGCCCCUGCAGCCCUGACACCUACACAGCAAUCUGGAACAGGUCUCCUCUGUGCUUUGCCUGUGCACCCCCCUGCAGGAAAGGAUUUGUGCAGAAUCAAACCUGCACUAGGUCCCAGGACAGAAUCUGUAGCUGCCCACCCAAUGAGUAUUGCAUCUUGAAAAUAGAUGAUUACUGCAAAGUCUGUAGGUUGCACAGAAAAUGUGGGAAAGGUUACAGAGUUUCCAGAAGAGGGACAGACAGCACAGACACUGAAUGUAAACCUUGUCCUCCUGGAACUUUUUCACCUGAAGAAUCCUACAAGACCAGCUGCAAACCACAUCGAGUCUGUAAUUCAGUGGCUGUUCCUGGGAACAGCAUUCGGGACACAGUUUGCAAUGAAUCAGAAGCAGCACUUGCCACAGUUCUGCCUCACACUGCUCUGGACCUGCUCCUGACCCAAAGGACCAACAAACCUGAAAUAGUAACUCGAGCUGUCAUGUUAAACUCUGUACCUGACCUCUCUUACAUCAUUGGAUCAGUAGCAGGACCACUGUUAUUUGUCCUGAUAAUUGCUAUUUUGGGGUAUUGCUUAGUCUUGAAAAAAAAAGCACUUGCAUAUUAUCCACCAGCUACAGAAGCAGAUUUGCCUUUUUCCCCUACAGAAAAGCAGUGUGACAAGAAAGUAAGAAACACAGGGCUGCAAAACUCCAGCAGCUCUGGACAGGAGAAGCAGAAUCUCCUGGAAACUUCUGGGUCCAGCAGUAGCUCCCUGAAUAACCCACCUGGGAACACAAGAGUCAGUGUAAUAAGUAGCAAGAACAAUGAAAAGAAAGAAGCAGAAGGAUUUCAGCAGCCACAUUCAGCUGCAGGAAGGUGUAAGCUUCACAGUGGGGACAGACACAACUCUGCAAGUUCAGAACUUUCUGGUCCUGGAGGAACACAGGUGAAUGUGACUUGUAUCAUUAAAGUGUGUGGUCCAGACUGCAGCUCCCAGUGCCCAGAGCAGACUCACUCAGCUGGCUCCAUGGAGUAUGGAAACACUCCCUCAACAGGGGAAAAGUUUCCUCUUUCAAAAGAAGAAAACCCCUUGAAAAAAGAAACUGAAAUUCAGAUCUCAGUGGAAAAUGAGGACAAUUCAAUUCAAGAGUGACUUCCAGAAGAAAAGAAGUUUCCUCUGGGUACUCAAGAUCUGGGGCUGAAAACCAGUUAAAGGGAGUUACAGAUGGUGUGCUCACUGACUGAUGAAAUGAAGCAUACAACCUCCUGUCUUCUAAAAUAAAUACUAUGUUGGAUGUAGCAUUCUACACAGACUUGAAAUUUCAAAUAUUUCAAUACUUUUGAGGUUUUUCACCUCUUCUGUCAGCUUUGAGAGCUGAAGGAUGAUAUUGGCAGCUUAAAAAAAAUUGAAUUAUUUUUCUUUUAAACAU